AUAAAUUAAAUAAAUUAAAUAAAUUAAAUUUAUAGUUAUAAUAUGACUAAAUUAACUAAAAACACUACUGUAUUCACUUUAAAUAAUGGAGUUAAAAUCCCUGCCAUUGGUUUAGGUACUUGGCAAGCUAGUGAAAAGGGUGCUGCUCAUAAUGCUACUAAAGUUGCCAUUGAAAAUGGUUAUAGACAUAUUGAUACUGCUGCUGGUUAUCAAAAUGAAGGUGAAGUUGGUCAAGGUGUAAAAGAUUCAGGUGUACCAAGAGAUGAAGUAUUUAUUACAACUAAAUUAACUAAUGAAGAUCAUAAAAGAGUGGCUCAAGCUUUUGAAGAAUCUUUAAAGAAAUUAGAUGUUGAUUAUGUUGAUUUAUAUUUAGUUCAUUGGCCUGUUUCAACCGAUCCAGUCUCUAAAAAACCUUUUGAUGAUUGGGAUUUUGUUGAUACUUAUAAGGAAGUUCAAAAAAUUUAUAAAUCUGGUAAGGCUAAAUCAAUUGGAGUUUCAAAUUUUACAGUAAAGAAAUUAGAAAAAUUAUUAAGUGAUCCAGAAGUUGAUGUUAUUCCAGCUGUUAAUCAAAUUGAAGCUCAUCCAUUUUUAAUUCAACCAGAAUUAACUGAAUAUCUUAAAAAGAAAGGUAUCUUAAUUGAAGCUUAUUCUCCUUUAGGUUCAACUAAUGCUCCAUUAGUUAAAAAUGAAGUUGUUUCUAAAAUUGCUGAAAAGAAUGGUGUAACUCCAACAAGUGUAUUAAUUUCAUGGGCUAUUCAAAGAGGUACGGUUGUAUUACCAAAAUCUGUAACUGAUUCAAGAAUUAUUGCUAAUUUAGACACGUUUACUUUAACUACUGAAGAUUUUGAAGCUUUAAAUAAGAUUAAUGAAACUUUCGGAACUAAGAGAUUUGCUAACCCACCUUGGAACAAUUUUGAUGAUUAGUUUCUUUAACUAUAUAGUGAAAUAGUUCUUUAAUAGAAUAUAUGUUAGACUAUUCCUUUU